AUGACGACGCUCGCUGCCUUCAAGAUACCCAAGGUGCUCAAUGAGCCCAAUCACCAUUAUGCCAAGGACUCGGCACAACGGGCGGGCCUCACGGCCGCCAUCGAGACACUCCAGAGCAGAGUUCCCUUAGAGGUGCCCCUGGUAGUAGGCGGCAGGGAGAUCAGAUCUCCCAAAACAUCCAAGCAAUUCAACCCCGCCAAUCAUUCUCAGGUGGUAGCCAACUACUCUCUUGCCAGUCCGGCCGACGUCAACGCAGCCAUUGAUGCCGCUCUUGCUGCCAAGCCAGCAUGGGAGUCUCUCCCGUUCGCUGACCGCGCUGCUGUCUUCCUCAAGGCAGCAGACCUCAUUUCCACCAAGUACCGCUACGACAUUAUGGCGGCCACCAUGGUUGGGCAAGGCAAGAAUGCCUGGCAAGCCGAGAUCGAUUCUGCCGCCGAGCUGUGCGAUUUCCUUCGCUUCAACGUUCAGUUUGCCGAGGAGAUGUAUGCCCAACAGCCCGGUCACAACGCAACCGGUGUCUGGAACCGUGUCGAGUACCGACCGCUCGAGGGCUUUGUCUACGCCGUUACCCCUUUCAACUUUACCGCCAUCGCGGCUAAUCUAGCCGGCACUCCGGCCCUUCUCGGAAACGUGGUCCUCUGGAAGCCGUCCGACUCGGCCAUCGCCUCCAGCUGGCUGCUCUACAACAUCUUCCUCGAGGCAGGACUUCCCAAAGACGUUAUUCAGUUUGUGCCCGGCCCACCCGAGGAAGUCACCAAGGCCGUCCUGGCGCACAAGCAAUUCACUGCCCUGCACUACACUGGCAGCACUGGCGUUUUCCGCAAGCUGUACGGCCAGAUUGGCGAGGGCACUGCCGAGGGUCGAUACUUGGGCUACCCUCGCAUCGUGGGCGAGACGGGCGGCAAGAACUUCCAUAUAAUCCACAGCUCGGCCGACAUUGACAACGCCGCCGUACAGACAGUCCGCGGUGCAUUUGAGUACCAGGGCCAGAAGUGCAGCGCCACUAGUAGAGUGUACGUCUCCAAGUCGGUGUGGCCGCAGUUCAAGGAGAAACUCGUUGCGCACACCAAGGCACUCAAGGUCGGCGAACCGUGGGACCACCAGAACUUUGUUGGCCCUGUUAUCCACGCCGGCAGCUUUAACAAGCUCUCGGGCGUCAUCGACGACGCCAAGAACGAUUCGGAAUUGGAGCUGCUCGCUGGAGGCAAGUACGACGACAGUCGAGGCUUCUUCAUCCAACCGACCAUCUACCAGACCACCAACCCCCGACACAAGCUGCUGUCGACGGAGCUCUUCGGCCCCGUGCUGACCGUCCACGUCUACGAUGACACCGGUGCCGACGCAGCCCAGGCGUUCGUGGACGCAUGCAAGCUUGUUGACAGCACAGGCGAGUACGGGCUGACGGGCUCCGUAUUCGCUUCUGACCGAUCGAUAAUACGACUCGCGGAGGAGGCGUUGAGAAACUCGGCGGGUAACUUCUACGUCAACUGCAAGAGCACAGGUGCCGUGGUGGGCCAGCAGCCUUUCGGAGGGGCCAGGGCCAGCGGCACCAACGACAAGGCGGGUAGUGCGACGUUCCUAAGUCGGUUUGUGAGUGCGCGGAGCAUCAAGGAGGAGUUUGUGCCGACGUUGAAGGUGGAAUACCCCAGCAACGAAGUUUGA